AGAUUCUGUUGCCAAUCGCUCUCUCCAACAAAACCAGAGAGCGGAAGAAGAGGAAGAAGCUCGAAGAUUAACCGCCGGACGAGAAUGGCCGCGAGCCUGCAAGUCGCCAUGGCCUCUCUCUUCCCAUCUUCAACCUCGUCACCUGCCGGUAGAAGAAGAAGAAGCGUCCACGACGUUCGUUGUUCGGCAAUCAACUCCAAGAGCUCGUCCAAACUCCCCCUGCCGCCAAUCAACCCUAAGGACCCCUUCCUGUCGAAGCUGGCCUCCGUCGCCGCAACCUCGCCGGAGUCGUUGCUCGACCGCCCCGUGAGCUCCGACACGCCCCCUUAUCUGGACUUGUUCGACUCUCCGAAGCUCAUGGCGACGCCUGCUCAGGUGGAGAGGUCAGUUUCGUACAAUGAGCACCGACCAAGGAGGCCUCCACCAGAUUUGCCUUCACUGCUUCUCCAUGGAAGAAUCGUUUAUAUUGGCAUGCCAUUGGUGCCUGCAGUCACAGAGCUUGUAGUUGCAGAGUUGAUGUACUUGCAGUGGAUGGAUCCAAAAGAGCCAAUAUAUCUUUACAUAAAUUCUACUGGAACAACUCGUGAUGAUGGUGAGACGGUGGGCAUGGAGACCGAGGGUUUUGCCAUUUAUGAUGCACUAAUGCAACUAAAGAAUGAGAUACAUACAGUUGCCGUAGGUGCAGCUAUAGGACAUGCCUGUCUGCUACUUGCUUCGGGAUCUAAGGGUAAAAGGUUUAUGAUGCCACAUGCCAAAGCAAUGAUCCAGCAACCUCGUGUUCCAUCCUCCGGAUUGAUGCCAAGCAGCGAUGUUCUUAUUCGUGCAAAAGAGGUGAUAACCAAUAGGGAUACUCUUGUAAAGCUUUUGGCUAAGCACACUGGGAAUUCCAUAGAGACUGUAGCCACUGUCAUGAGAAGACCUUAUUACAUGGACGCCACAAAGGCCAAAGAAUUUGGUGUCAUUGACAAGAUUCUUUGGCGUGGUCAGGAGAAGAUAAUGGCAGAUGCAGCCCCUCCUGAGGACUGGGACAAGAAUGCUGGCAUUAAAGUUGUAGACGGAUUUUAAAAUUUUUCCAACUUUCAGAUGGACAAUUUUAUUGCAGGAAACUGUGCAAUAAGGAACUUUGCAUACAUGAAACCUGAGAACUCAGACUAUGGAGCAUCAUAGCCCCAGAUCACUUGCAGGAGAAAAACUGCCUCUUGUAAUUAGCAGUUCUCCUGGAAAUUUUCAACGUCACGAUCAUCUGGACAUUUCGCCAAUGCACCAGGAACAGAUCAAGGAAACCCUGCAAAAUAGCGUGCGUAUAAUUAGGUUUCGUUUUAGCUUCAAAUGGUGUAAUAGUUUGGCCUGUAACAAUGCUUCAACCUAUUGAAUUCUUUCGCGUUUCUUCA